GACUAUUGACAAUGGUUGUGGUAAAGUGACCUACUGGUUCCUUCAUGGUGUCGGAGAUCUAUUGCAGCACUCCAGGGUCCAGGAUUGGAGAUGUGGUGGUGGUGAUGAUGGUGAUGAUGGUGAUAAUGAUGAUCUAGAGAGCUAUAUGUUUGAAUGCAGUGAAUAUAAAUACAUUGAUUUGUAUAUCAUGUAG